AUGAGUGAGCAAGUGCCAAACUGGGACUUGAGUUCUACGGUAGAAGAAAAUGUCCAUGAGCAACCACAUCCCAUAGAUAUAUCUGUACUCCAUGAGCCUCAUUCGUCGCUUCCGACGUUCCAUGCAACAGAAGAAACUAAUGAUCAUCUAUCAGAAGUUGAACUUCAUUUUACGCAAUCACAUCUUGAGAUGGUGAAGGGCGAAUCCAGUGGGACGAAGAGGAAGUCCAAUGAAUUGGAAAUUGAACAACAUCCAUGGACUCAAACUGAAAGAAAUGAUGGGGAAAAAAGGGGAACAGAAGCAAAGAGAAAUGCAGAUGAUUUGGCGCCAGGAGGAGGACACGUUGUGCCGAAACACAUAAAAUGUCUGAGAAAGUGA